AUGUCGUCUUCGCCAAACAACACCGCCGGAGAUGCUGCCAACGCCAAUGGCGACGACAAGCCCCGUCUUACCGAGGAAGAGAAGAAACAGAACCACAUUGCCUCUGAGCAAAAGCGCAGACAAGCGAUUCGCGAGGGCUUCGACCGACUGACCGAGCUGGUGCCAGGUCUCGAGGGGCAGGGCCGAUCCGAGGGCCUCGUGCUCAAGAAGACGGUCGAAUACAUGCGCCAGCAGCUAGAUGAGCGCCAGUCCAUGAUUGAGCGUGUCGAGCGAACUGGCGGCGCCGUGGACCCCGAACUCAAGUCGUAA